AUGAGGUCACUUACACGGGCUCUUCGCCCUGCUGUUCGAAGGGCACAAGGAGUGGUUGCCGGCGUGCCGGCAGCAACACCACGAGGAUGCAGGCCACAGAGGAUACUCCCAAUGGCUCAAUGCGCCGCACGCCCUCUCUCCUCGACCCCUCACCUCCGGGAUCCCAACCUCACUGAAGUCCCGCCGACGCCCAUCACACACUUCUCCGAGAUUGAGACGUCAAUGCAAGAGGCGGUGCAGAAGUUUGCCAACGAGGUCAUCCUGCCCAAAGUGCGAGAUAUGGACGAGGCCGAGGCGAUGGACCCCACCGUCGUAGAGCAGCUGUUCGAGCAGGGGCUGAUGGGGAUCGAGAUCCCCGAGGAGUACGGCGGAGCGGGCAUGAACUUCACGUCGGCCAUUGUGGGCAUUGAAGAGCUCGCCCGCGUGGACCCCAGCGUUUCCGUCAUGGUGGAUGUGCACAACACGCUGGUCAACACGGCGGUGCUCAAGUACGGCAGCGCGGCCAUCAAGAAGAAGUACCUGCCCCGGCUGGCCACUAACACGGUCGGCUCCUUCUGCCUGUCGGAGCCCGUGAGCGGCUCCGAUGCCUUCGCCCUCGCCACCAAGGCGACAGAGACGGAGAGCGGGUUCAAGAUCAACGGCAGCAAGAUGUGGAUCACCAACAGCGUGGAGGCCGACUUCUUCAUCGUGUUUGCGAACAUGGACCCGAGCAAGGGGUACAAGGGCAUCACGGCCUUCAUCGUCGACAAGGGCACCAAGGGCUUCAGCAUCGCCAAGAAGGAGAAGAAGCUGGGUAUCAGGGCGAGCAGCACCUGCGUCAUCAACUUUGACGACGUCGAGAUCCCCAAGGAGAACCUGCUCGGCGAGCGGGGCCAGGGAUACAAGUAUGCCAUCAGCCUCCUGAACGAGGGCCGGAUAGGCAUUGCCGCGCAGAUGACCGGCCUUGCGCUGGGCUCGUGGGAGAACGCCGUCAAGUACGUCUGGAAUGACCGCAAGCAAUUCGGCCAGCUGGUCGGAGAGUUCCAGGGCAUGCAGCACCAGAUCGCCCAGUCGUACACCGAGAUCGUCGCGGCGAGGGCCCUCGUCUACAACGCGGCCCGGAAGAAGGAGGCUGGCGAGAACUUUGUCACCGACGCCGCCAUGGCCAAGCUUUACGCGUCGCAGGUCGCGGGCCGCGUCAGCGGCCUGGCCAUCGAGUGGAUGGGCGGCAUGGGCUUCGUGAGAGAGGGUCUGGCGGAGAAGUUCUGGAGGGACAGCAAGAUCGGUGCCAUCUACGAGGGCACGAGCAACAUCCAGCUCAACACCAUCGCCAAGACGCUUCAAAAGGAAUACACUGUUUAG